GUUCAAUUUUUGUCGCAACCAUCCAAUUUCAUCAAGCGCAUUUCCUGUUUAUCGUCAAUCCAUUUGCAUGCUAAUCAAUCCAAAUUUCUCAACAUAACGAAAAAACCCUAGUAAUUUCAAAUAAGAAGUUCCACAAACACAGUUCAUGUUCAUGUCUAUACAGGAUUGUGAUUUGUGGAAGAAACCUCUCCCAACACGAGAUAAUACGUCUCUAACGAUUCACGUUAUUGGAUGGGUUUAAGGUCGUGGUAUUUGCAUAAAUCAAAGAUCAAAAGAGGAUUAUACAUCAACAUCAUGAUUUAUAUGUGAAUUAUCGUUAGAGAGUUUUUCAUUAAGUUGGUUGAAUUUGGUGAUUGAUAUACAACAUCUUCAUGGAUAUGGAAAGUGUAUGUCAUUAAUGAUCGAUAUAAUAGAAAUAGUCUUUAUUUAUUGUUGAAAGAUUGGAAUCUGUUCCAAGGAUUAAGUAUUACUAGCAUGGUAGAUGUUUCUAGGCUAGUGAGAUGGAAGGAAAGGAAAGGAGAUGGUAAUCUGCAAAAGCGUUUCCAACAUUAACAAAUAAUACAAUGUUUGUGAGGUAGCAAAUGCCAAAUAGAGUAAUCCGUGAAGCAUAAUAUUCAAAGAAUGACGACAGUAGGCAACCAUAGACGAUGUAGAAGCGAAAUAGUGACAUCAUUAAAUACUCAAAAUCAAAGCAAUGGUUUUCAACGAUUGAAGAAUCAGAUGCAAAAAGCUUUAAACUGGGGUGGUGGCCAGGAUUUCAACCAAGAGAUUUUAGCUAAUCAGAAACGCCAAUGGAAUCAGUUUCACUCAACAUCCUCGGAUGCCACCACAAAGUACCAAGAUCCAUCCUCGCUUUUUGAACAUUUUCUUAUAGCGGGUAUCCAUCCAAAUGCAAAUCUGGAGCCUGUUGAGGCUGCAUUUGCUCAUAGAAAGAUAUGGGAGGAUAGAGCCGAUAAAACAGACCUCAUGGAUCUCAAAGUUAUGCAGUUUCGAUCACCUCCAAGUGUCACAAUGGAACCUCAGAUACUUUUCAAGUAUCCUCCAGGGAAGAGGCUAUCUAUGCGCUUAGGAGAUUUAGCAUCCUUUUGCUUUCCUACUGGUGUGAAGGCAUGUGUGAUGGAGAGGACACCAUCCCUAAAUGAGCUAAAUCAAGUCGUUUACGGGCAGGAUCAUUUGACCAGAGAUGACUCUGCAUUUAUAUUUUCACUCAAGGUGGCAGACAAUGCAACUCUGUACGGUGUGUGUCUACACACACAAGAAUUCGUUCAGAGACCACCAGGAAUGCUCGGCGCUGCAACCCCGCUUUCAAAAACAUCCGGAAGAGGCAGUCGUUUUUUGGUCACAGCACCUCGCUGUUAUUGUCUCUUAACAAGAGUCCCCUUCUUUCAACUCCACUACGAGAUGUUAAACAGUAUUGUAGCACAGGAGCGCCAAAAUCGAAUCACACAGUUUGUAAGUGAAGUGGGACCUGAUCGUUCCCUUCCAGCACCCCCACCGAAUGAAGACCAAGAGGAUGAAACUGAAACUACUGGUCAAGAAGAAGAUCCAACCCCUGAUCGCUCAUGGAUGGAUGCUGCAAUACCAGUCGACACCACCAUAACACUUUCUGCUAUAACUACAGGCAUUAUAGAUGAUACGCUAAAUUCGCCUUCAUGGUUUCAAACCGGGUCUCCUAGUGUUGCAAGAAAGGAGAUGACUUAUGUUGAUGAUUCCAAUAAUGAUGCCAUGGAAAAACGAUGGGAGUGUAUAGGAAAAAUGCAUGGCGAUCAUGAUAGUGUCAGAAAGGCAGAUGUUGAUGCGUGUGUUAUUCCGAUGAACCGGACUCUUGAACGACAUGGAAGCGUUGGGCCCUUGUUCAGUUUAAUGAAAGGCGUCUUAUCAGAGGAUGAAGGUGGGGUACAUUUUUGUAGUGAUAGAGAUGCGACUAAUAAAACGAUCAUGGAAUGGGCUAAGGAAAACAAAAAUGACUUGCUACAGACUGUUUGCAACUAUCAUGCUUUAGGAGUUCCAUCAUAUGGAGGUAAAAUAUGUUUCAGGCCACUCGAGAAUCUACCGGCUAUUGAAUAUUAUAGAACUGCUUUUGCUUUUGGAGAUCAAACUGUCGAUAUGUCAGAGAUUCCCGAUAAGGUCAAGUUCAAGCUUGCAGCAAUCGAGGAAGCCGUGUCACUAUCAAAUUGGACAACCAUAACACUUUGUAGAGCUCUUUCUCUUGAAAAUGUUCUAAUAUUGCUUUCAGCAGUACUGUUGGAGAAACAAGUGAUUAUCACAUCCCCAAAUCUGGGUGUCCUAUCAGCCACAGUGUUAUCUCUUAUUCCUAUGAUUCUUCCGUUUGAAUGGCAGAGCCUCUUUCUUCCUGUUCUUCCAGGGAAGAUGUUUGAUUUCCUAGAUGCCCCUGUUCCUUUUGUUGUGGGGAUACUGCAUAAACCAGGUGAUAACAAGAUGAAAUCAUCUAAUAACCUUGUUCGUGUUGAUUUGGAGACAAAUCAGGUGGAAAUGUCGUCCUUGCCAGCACUUCCUAGGCACAAAGAAUUGAUGACCAGACUAGCGCCACUUCAUGGUAGACUAUCAUGUGACAAAACUGCUGCUAAAAAGUAUCCGGUUUACAAGAGCAACAAAUGGCAGAUUGAAGCUGCAACACAUUUCUUAGCCGCUAUGAGGCAGCACUUGGAGUCGCUAUGUUCAAACUUGAGCUCCCAUAUCGUCCCUAAUGUACAAUGCGAGACCGACCCGGCUAACCUACUUCUCAAGGAAAGCUAUAUUGAUUCCUUCGCCUAUAGGGACCAACGAUUUGUCAGGGAAUUUGUAGAUACACAAAUGUUCACGGUUCUAUCGGACAUUCGAUUAGCCAGACACGUCGGUUAACAUUCCAUUCCAAUCCUCUGUUUCUCGGAUAUCUAUUCUUGGGUUGGGUUGGGUUGGGUUGGGUUGGGUUGGGUAG